ACGCAGAGAACAAUCGGCUCGACUUUGCCAAGGAGCCACCUCAAAGGGUAUCGGGUUACGCUGAGUGACAGCGUAACCAUGGCAAAUAAUUUGACUGAGGCUAUUGUCUUAUCCUCGCCAUCCCCGGGUCAGAUAACCGACCAAUCAGAGUUCAUAUAAUCGCUUGUCUUGCCAGCUUAGAAUAAUAUUAUUAAAACGAGCCAGCGAGUCUGCUCUCCGGGAGUAGUUUAUGUAGAAACGGCGCAGAAAAGGUGGAGGCGGACGGAGGAAGGAGUUCCACAUUUCUCUCUCUCGCUCUCUCUCUGUAUUUCGCCGCAACUUUCACGAGGAACUGUCGCCCGGGGAUCUGCAUGGCUCAGUGGGCACUGAAGCUGGAUAUUUCCCCCUAACCCUUGAGUCGUAUAGGUUGCUCUUCUGGGACAGUUUUUUUUUUGUUUUUUUUUCCCCCCCCCCUUCCCUGACACUUGUGGACUUACUGCGUGUCGCUUUAAUGAGAGACUGAGACAAGAGACGUGGAAGUGAGGCACAAUCUAAUCUGCGCUGGUCCUGCGGCUGUCGCCAUGUCCAUGCUCCCGACGUUUGGUUUCACGCAGGAGCAAGUCGCGUGUGUCUGCGAGGUCCUCCAGCAAGGGGGGAACAUCGAGCGGCUGGGGCGCUUCCUCUGGUCCCUGCCGGCCUGCGAGCACCUCCACAAGAACGAGAGCGUCCUCAAGGCGAAAGCCGUGGUCGCCUUCCACCGGGGCAACUUCCGAGAGCUCUACAAGAUCCUGGAGAGUCACCAGUUCUCGCCGCACAACCACCCGAAGCUGCAGCAGCUGUGGCUCAAGGCGCACUACAUCGAGGCGGAGAAGCUGCGGGGCCGCCCGCUAGGGGCCGUGGGGAAGUACCGCGUCCGGAGAAAGUUCCCGCUGCCCCGCUCCAUCUGGGACGGAGAGGAGACGAGCUACUGCUUCAAGGAGAAGAGCCGGAGCGUGCUGCGGGAGUGGUACACCCACAACCCGUACCCGUCCCCGCGGGAAAAGAGGGAGCUGGCCGAGGCCACGGGACUCACCACCACGCAGGUCAGCAACUGGUUCAAGAACCGGCGGCAGAGAGACCGGGCGGCGGAGGCGAAGGAGAGGGAAAACAGCGAGAACUCCAACAGCAACAGUCACAACCCACUAUCUUCUUCCAUGAACGGAAAUAAAACUCUUUUGGGGAGCUCGGACGACGACAAAACGCCUUCGGGGACACCGGAUCACACGUCACCGAGUCCAGCCCUGCUCUUGGGCUCGAACGCCGGCUUACCGUCCCUGCACGGCCUCGCGCCCCCUCCGGGACCCAGCGCGAUCCCGGUGCCCGGCGGCGCAGACUCGGUGCACCAUCACCACUCGGUGCACCAUGACACUAUACUAAACUCUAUGUCUUCUAACCUCGUGGACCUCGGCUCUUAAGGGGGGGGGGGGGAGGACACUGAGAGGGGACAACAAAAAAAAAACAACAACAAAAACUUUUCACUUUUUUUUUCUUUUCUUUUUUUUUUCUGGAGAACUUACAUGGUGGUGCGAGCGAAGCUUCAAGCACUUGCGGCAAGAAAGACUGGGAAUCUGCGAGAACAGCCACCAUAACAAACCUUUUGGUCUACACGCAAGUAAAAUAAUUAUUAUUUUGUUUUUUAAAACAGAGACGUUUUCCCGCCACCUCCUCUGAUCUCCAAUUGAAACGUUUGUAAGAACCACAAUUUUAGGCUUAAAAGCACUUAAAAUGGCAGCAACUGAUCAAGCAGACGUCAGGCUCUCUUUGGUGUCGCUGCGCUCGAAGAGAGAACUGAUGGAUUUAGGAGAAAAGGGGAAGGAAUAAAAGAAAAAGGAAGAGAGACGUAUUUCUGAAUGUAAUUACAUAUUAUCUUAUAUUGUUGAAAACAAUAAGAAUAAAACGUGUCUUAAUUCCUGUACCGUUGUUAUUGUAGGAGACUCGGUUUCCCCCUGCCUGUAUUGUUUACAUUGGGGUUUUCCAAGAGAGCCAUAUGCAGUCUUUCUGUUCUGUUUGGUUUUUUUUUUUUUUUUUUUGCUUUUCUUUCUUAAUUCGGUUUCUUUGUUUUGAAGGAGGUUGGACUGAUAUGUUCAAGUGUCUAAUAAGAGCCGCGACGACGUGAAGUAUCUUAACCUCCUGACAAUAGUAUAUGACGAUGAUGAUGAUGAUGAUGAUGAUGAUGAUGAGUAGUAUUUACAUUUUUAUUUGGAAAGAGACUGCAUGUAAGCUCUGCGCUUAACGGAGGAAUAAUGAAGCGACUCGUAUAGUUUCAUAUAAACUUUCCAAUAAAAGUAAAAGAACA